AUGAACUUUGGGGGUCAUUCUCCAAAGGAAACGAUUAUUCCAGGUAAAGAUUCAGAUUUAUUGGAAACAUCAAACGCAACAGAGCCAGGUACUUUUACUACUGAAACUGCUACGACACCAGUAACUGCAACAGCAGAAGCUCUUAGUUUAGACGUUUCACAAGCUAGUACUGUACCAAUCAUGGCUACAGGUUUAUCGUCAACUGGAACUAAAAAACUAGCUCCAGAAGAUUUGCAAUUUCCUCUUAAUCCUUCAGAGUCGGUUGAAGAAAGAAAUGAGAGACUCGAAAGGGAAAAACGGGAAAAAGCGUUAUUUCUUGAAAAUAUUCAGGCAAAUCAAAAUAAUACAACACUCUUCCAAGAUAUUUCUACAAUUUAUCCGGAUGAUCAGAGUAAAAUGGCAUCCAAAAAAAGGAAGAAUGAUGACGAUAUAAUGUCAAAUUUAGCGUCUAGUAACGAUAAAAAUAAUUUGUUCGGAAAUAUUGGAUCUUCGGUUUCGAAGGGAGCCAUUCCAAAAAUCUCUAAUUUAGCAAACGCGAACAUUGCUAAUCCGAUUUUGUCAAGAAUCGAGGAAGUUGAAGAAGAAGAUGAUGCUCGACGAUUUUCGUCAUACGUCGCCACACCUAGGCGUGCUUUGGAUUUAAGAAAUAUGGCUAAUAGAAGACUGAGAACUACCUUUUAUCCGAAUGAGGAUGAGCCAAUUGAACAAAGUAAUGUUUUGACGAAUUUCAAUGAUGUUCCAGAAAGGAGCAUUUUAAAUCAAAAUUAUCUUAACGAGCGGAAAGUUUCUUUUGCGAAUCCUCGCAAUGUUACAUUUUCAUCUCAACCACGAGACCAAGAAUUGAUCCAAAAUGAAGGUUAUUUUCCAAAUUCUUAUCAACACGGAAAUUUAAAUACUGGAAACUUUGAUAAUUCCAAUAUGUCUAAUGUACAUCCGAGUUUUAGACAAUUAAAUUCGAACAUGCCUCAAAAUUAUAUGGAUUAUUCAAUGAGAGGUAACACUCAACCUCGUAAAUCAUUCUUGAAACGACUAUAUGACAUUCCUAAAUUUAAUGGUGAAUCUUUCCAAAGUUUAACUGAUUUUGUUGACACUUGUGAAACUCUGUUCUGUUCGGUCGAAAAUGAUUUAGAAGAACGAGAGUUUUUUGAACAAAUGAUGUUAAGAUUGCGCGGCGAAGCUAAAAAUGUUGUUACUCAGCUUGAGAAUCUGAAUUGGAGAACAAUCAAAGGAGCAUUACGAUCAAAUUUCGCAUAUUUGUCAAAUAAAGACAUUUUGACAAGUCAACUCGAAAAUUUGCGUCAAGAAAAAGACGAGAGUUUGACAAAAUAUGCUGAAAGGGCUAGAAAACUGUUGUUAGACAAAAAUUCAGUAUAUAGCCAUUUAACUGAAGAACAAAAAGCCGAGCACAAUCGAAUGGCUCGCAAAUCGUUUGCUAAGGGUGUCUCCAAUAUCAGAUUGAGAGAUCGUUUGAUAACUCGUGGAGCAAACACAUUAGAAGAUGCAAUUUCUUACGCGAUUGAAACGGAAAAUGAUGUUAUGAAUAACAUUUCUCGCAAUGAAUUGUAUUGUGGAUUCUGCCGUAUUAACGGACACCGAGAGCAGGAUUGCAGAAGCAAGAAUGCGCGCAAUAACGAUUUGAAUAAAAUAAUUUCAGCGUUGCGUUUUAUGGGUAGUCCAGUUCGACGGAACUUCAAUAGGUUUGAUCGAUUUAACGGCUUUAAUAAUCAGAAUUUCCGCAGAUUUGACAACAAUUUUGGUAACAAUAGGCGUAACUUUGGUAAUUUCCAAAGAAAUAAUUGGAAUAAUAAUGGCAAUUGGUCAAAUAAUAAUCGUAAUUGGAAUUUUAAUCGCAAUAACAAUGGAAAUAAUGGCAAUUGGAAUAGAAAUUGGAACAGUGGAAAUAAUGGAAAUUGGAAUGGAAACUGGAAUAGAAAUGGCAAUAAUGGAAACUUUAACAGAUUUGACACAAGUAAUGUAAAUAAUAAUCGUAAUCGCAAUAAUGAUCAAAGCGGACAAUCUGACCAGAACAGAUUUAGACAAGGUCAGAAUCAACGGCAAGAUUUUCCUAAUCGCGCGAAUCAAUUUUCGAACAAUGUUGUUACGAAAAGCGACGCACAAGCGAUUAAUAUUGUUGAAUCGAAGAAGGAAAACUAA